AUGGAAACUGCAAUUACCAAAAUAACUGAUGAAGAUGCUGAGACAGUUUAUGAUCCAUCAGAAGAUUCAUUUCUUCUUAUAGAUACAUUAGAAAAAGAUUUUAAUAAUAUAAUUAAUAAUAAAUCUUCAUUAAUUAUGGAAAUUGGUAGUGGUUCUGGUAUUGUAUUAACAACAUUAGCACUUGCAUAUAAAAAAAAUAAAUUACCUGGUCAUUUUAUUGCUGUUGAUAUUAAUCCAAAUGCAUGUAGAGUUACUAAAAAUACAAAUGACAUUAAUUUAACAAAUAUUGAUAUUAUACAAAUGGAUUUAGUUACUGCAUUAAAUACAAAUUAUCAAUUUGAUAUUGUUAUAUUUAAUCCACCAUAUGUUGUUACUGAUACAUGUGAAAUUUAUGAUAAACGUUUAAUAUGUAAAACAUGGGCUGGUGGUAAAAAUGGACGUGAAAUAAUGGAUAAAUUAUUUCCAUAUUUACCAAAAUUAAUUUCAAAUAAUGGUAUAUUUUAUUUAGUUGUUAUUAAAGAAAAUUUACCAUAUGAAAUUAUUGAAAUUUUUCAUAAACUUGGUAUGCCAGGUAAAAUAAUAUCUGAUAGAAAAGUUUUAGGUGAACAUCUUUAUAUAUUAAAAUUUAUAAAU